AUGACACUUAGGGAUUUGAAAGAUCUCGAUUAUCAACCCAAUCAAGUAUUGGGACGUGCCGAUUUAUCUGAGAGCGAAAUGGAACAGUACUGCAAGAUGGCAAAUGCCCAUGACUUUAUCAUGAGUCUUCCUCAAGUGAGUUUAAUUUACAGUAUGGAAUAA